AUGGUUUUGUUUUCUUCUUGUUUUAUUGUGCGGCUUUGGGAUGCCAUUGGCAAGACCAAAGAGGCAGACACGCCCUGCCCCAUAUAUGUUGUUGCUGGCCUUGGCACGGGCUUGGCUCGCCCGCCUGCGCGUUUGUGCCGGCUGGCUGCUCCCCGUGUGCAAGCAGUUUAUGGGAUGGCAGCUGCUGUUUGUAUUGUUUCUCCUCAAGCACGUUCCUUUGCUGCGUCUGGAUGUGAUGCAGCGCCUCGCGAUCAAGUGAGCUCAGCUCGGGCAAUGGAAGAUGCGGCAGAUUACAAGUUUGCAUGCAUGCCAAUGGAUGCCAGUUGCUUACUGAAGGAUAAGACGGAUAAGAUUCCUGAUGAGCAGCUUCUGAGUCUCUUUUCGGAUCGUGCUCCGGCAUUUGCCGCAGCAAAGCUGUCACUUGGCAAAUAUCAAACAUUGCUAAAGAGCCCCCUGUUUGAAGCUUGGAGGCGCAAGGAUAGCUGGCGUUUGGCACGAGCCAGAGAAGCUUUUGCCUUUGCUUUUUGCUGCUUUGCGUUCCUUGGAGGUAGUGUUUCUGGAAUCUUCUUUGGAGGAUACCAUCGAAGCCAGAACGCUCAAGGUUGUGCGGCCAAGUACAUGCGCAGAAGCUGUCAAAGGGACAUCAUGGCGGCGCUGAACAAGGGCAUUGCUGCGGAAGUGGCGCAGAAGGUGGUGGAGACAUAUGCAUAUGAAGCAGUCUUUUGCAUUGGAGAAGGCCACCAGCGCUUGUCCGACGCAGACAGCGAAGCAAUGGUGAAGAAAUUUGGGGGGAAUUACCCAGGUCUGUCAGAAGAGGCCAUGAUGCAGGUGCAUGCGCACGGAGGAGCGCGCAAGCGCGACAUGGCCGAACUAGUUGCUGCUGAGGAAGCGGACCAAGAGAUCGUAAGCGAGGACAAAGAUUUGGCACCAUUGAAGCGCCGCUGCGCUGAUGUUGCGCCGAAGCACGCGCGUUGCCAUAUGGCGGAAGCUGCAGUGUUGCUGAUCACCUAUGUUCCACUUCUGACAGGCUGUGCUGGAGAGCGCCACGGGUGGGCCGACGAUUUGAGCCGAAGGAGGAUUGCAGAUGUGGUAUUCUUGGUGCCUUUUUCAACAGGCAGCCACCUUUGCAGCCGGGGCUAUGAUGUGGAGGCUGGGUUUGUCUUCACUUGGGGCAUGGCGGACAGUGGCGUCCUGGGUUUGGGCAACUUCAUCACCUGUGGGCCCUGCAACCUACCUUCACAGGUGGAGUUCGAGACUGACGCGAAGAAAGCGGGACCGCAGCAUCCAAUCAUGGUGCGCUGUGGUCCCAACUCCACGGGCGUUCUUUGCUCCAGCAAGGCCGAUGAGGAACAUUCGCUGUUCACCUUUGGCAAUGGCUGGUACGGCAGGCUUGGGCAUGGCGACACCAACUCGCAAUUUCACCCCACGCGCAUCAGCAAACUGCCCAAAGGCUUGCGCGAUUUCUCGCUGGGCACGGACCAUUCUGCUGCUAUCACCAUGGAUCAAGAUCUCUUUGUCUGGGGCAAGGCAUCCUUGUUGGGAGAAGUCCAACAUGUGCUUCAGCCCAAGAAGUUCUCCAUCGAAAGCGCCAGCUUCAGGUCCGUGGUCUGUGGAGAAUCGGAAACCUUCGUGGUGGAUACCCAGGGUCGGCUCUUCGCCUGGGGGAGCAACCACCACGGUCAGUUGGGCCUAGGUCCACAGGUGGGAUCCUUUCUCCAAACGCCCAGCCAUGUGAAGCCCAUCCACGACCCGGUGGCACACUUGAUCUCUGGAGGAAGUUUCACGGUGGCGCACUUGGAGAAUGGCGACGUCUUGGCCUGGGGAAGUCAGAGCUGUGGUCGCUUGGGGCUGGUGGAAGUCAAGGAGGAGCGCAUCUGUUGGGAGCCUUCCCUGGUUGUGGCCACCUGGUCGACGGCUGCAGCGGUCUCGGGCAAGAAGCAUGGGCAGCGCCGCUCGAUUGCGGGCUCGGUGCGCCUCACCCGCAGUGAUGCGACCUACGCGUCGGCAGUGACGGAAGCCACCCAUGAAGAGAAGGAGGACAAGGGAAGCAAAGAGAAGACCAUGAACGUGGUGAGUUUUGUGAUGCUCCAAACGGUGCUGAAGCAAGAGAGCACGGACCAUGGCAGCGCGGAACUGAAGUUGUACGCGGACCAUCUGGAACAGACCGCGCAAGAGAUCGUGAAGGACAUCCAGAAGCUUCAAAAAGAAGAGGAGUCCUUGCGAAAGCUGGAGGCCCAACUCAGCGAUUCCCUGAAGAUGAAUUUGCGUUGGUUCAGAGGUCUCAUCGUCCCUGACGCCUCCAGUACUUUGGUGGACGCAAGGAUGCCGCAUCAUCUGUCGAGCUACGCGAAGAUGUGUUGGAUUCUGCAGCACCAAGCGGCGUACCUCACCCAACUCUCGCAGUACAUCCACGGCGACGAGGCCGAGAUCUUCCUGGAUGCCAUCGAUGCACUCUUCGGAGACGUCAAGGAUGAGCGGCAGGUGCACCUCUUCAACUCGCUGCAGACCAGCAUGAUCGCCAAAGAGGCGGAGAAUGCAGGUGGCUCUCCUGAAAAGUUCAUGGAUAAGAACGACUCCGUGAGCUUCAUGGUCUUCUCCCAGCGCGCGCUACGACAGGCCUUUGCCAAGGAGAUCUUGUUCCCCUUCCUGAGCUCCAAGGACUCGAUCCUGGAGUUGGUGGGAUCCAUCAGCAGCGCAGCUCAAGGCGCCGCCUUCUGCUUGAGCUAUGCGGACUUCAAGGAGAAGUUGGGAUCUGAUGGCAAGGGCAAAGAUGAAGUGGAACUGAACAACAUCUACUCCCUGAGCCUCAAUGCCUUUCGAGAUUUUCUCACAGGAGGUUUUCUGAAGAUCAUCCGCAAGAUCCAAUUGCCUCGAUCCCUGCGCCUGGCCAUGCGGCAGGUGUCCCUGGCCUCCCAGAGAUGGAAAGACUCGGACAAGUUGGCGGACAUCGACGACAAGGAACAGCGGCCCUACCAACCCGCCUUACGAUUAUUCUGUUAUGGUAUCAUCGAGCCUAUCAUGCGCGAGGGCGCCCGCUAUGCUGUACCUGCCAACUUUUUGAAGAAAAGUCAGCAGGACUACAAGCCCGACGAUCCGCAGAUUGCCUCCAAUUUCGAGUGCAUCGCAGACUUCUUAGAUCAGAUGCUGUCGAACACGAUUGAUCCCAAGGAGAAGGCCUUGAUGUCGGCGGCGCGCUUGGUGAAGGAAGAGCUGUUGACCUUUGUCAAACAGCAAAGCGAAGUGCAGGAUACCACUGGCUCAGACAUCCUUGCAGCAGUGCUCAACAGCCACUAUUCACGGGCCAAGAGUUUUGUGACGAUGUCCCAGGCGCAGAUCAUGAAGUUGUCCAAUUUGUUGAAGGAGUGGAGCAGCAAGCUGCGCAUCAAGGAGUUUGACCCCCUGGGUGCGUGCGUCCAAAGCGUGCCGGAGUGGGACAAGGAAAGCAUCAUGAUCAGUGAGAGAUAUGAGGUGCGUUUGAAUUUUGAGAUCGAGACGCGCUUCCUGAUGACUGCAGAGGAGAUUUUGCUCUGCAAGCAAUCCAUGUGCCCUCUACCCUCCUGGGCCUGCAGUGCCCAGACCUCUCCGAACCUUGUGUACAUAGAAGAAGAAGCGGCUGGCAACGACCAAGGCGCAUUCUUCGAGUCCUUGUUUCAACGCUUAGCGCCCCUUGAGAGCAAGAACUUCGCAACUUUGCGCAUCGAGCUGCAAGAUCGCCGCAGCCAGCUGGCCUCCGCAGCGACAGAGGAGGGCUACCUGGAGAUGAUCAACGACCUGGACACCGCGUGUCAGCUGAUCACCGAGUGGAUGGACGUCGGGGCUGAGCCUCGACAAUUGCUGGACCUCUUGACGGAGCGCGUUCGAGGUCGCCAACGUCAGUUUCGCUACUUGGAAGUGACUGAGAGGUACUUGAAGUCUAUCUUGGAGAAGCAGCUGGAGUACAAGCAGGACUUGAAGCAGCACAUCACAGAGCUCAAAGAUGCCGUAGGUUUUUCGCUCAGCAUGAAGCUUCCGCAGACGUUGUCCAAAGCUUGUAACGAAGUCGGAGUGACUCCAUCAUUCCAAAUCAUUCAGAAGAAAAUGGAGUUUGUGCCAACGCUCAUGGCUACAAAGGAUAUGGCGGAGAUUGGCUGCUCCUACAUUCCCAUGGCCACCUAUCCUGUGGCAAAACUCAAGAAGAUGAAGGUGCUGGUGGAGGUGUGUCCUCCUCACAGCGCGAUGCAGAAGAUGAUGGAGAUGACCUUCAAAAAGCUGGACGCACAAGCCGUGGAGAUCACCGUUUGCAUCGCGCAAGGCGGCAACAAGAACGUGAUCAAGACAAUGACCUUGGAUCAUGCCAAGCUGAAUCAGCUCCGAGCCGCUCAGAGUGAUGAGAUUGCGGAGUUUGGGCAACCAGGGGAGCCACCCUUCAUGACAUGCAACGCCUCCAACUUCGUGAGCCUCUUGACAAAGAUCGAGAAGGGCAAAGCCUAGCGAAGGUCUCCGCAAUUCGUGGAUUUCACCCUCUUACUCCCAUCUAGAACCUAGAAUGAUCUGCAGGUGAAUAUACAUGCAG